UACGGUCUUGCGGGGUACACGGCCUGCACACUCUUGCUGUGGGCCAGACCAAACUGGCAAUCCCUCCGCCGACGCCGCUCCCACCAAGGCACCACCAGCUCGCCAGCUCCGCCGAUCCCGGAUCCCGCCGCCAUGGAGGGGGAGGAGGGCCCUGGCGCGGACAUGGAGUCUCUCAUCCGCCGCCUGAGACUCCACCGCCCGGCUCCCUCCCCGUACGAGCCCUCCGACGCGGUGGCCCCCGCUCCCAGCGCCGGCGCCGGCGAGCUGUUCCGGCCGCAGAGAGCUGCCGUGCUGGUCUGCCUCUUCCGGGGCGCCACCGGCGAGCUCCGCGUCAUACUCACCAAGCGCUCCUCCUCCCUCUCCACGCACUCCGGGGAAGUUGCAUUACCAGGUGGAAAGGCUGAGGAGGGCGAUGCUGAUGAUGCAGCAACAGCAUUAAGGGAGUCAAAAGAGGAGAUUGGGCUUGAUCCAGCCCUGGUUACCAUCGUUACAUAUCUUGAACACUUCUUGUCCAAACAUCUUCUGGUAGUUGUUCCUGUUAUUGGCAUACUGUCAGACAUACAAGCGUUUAAACCUGUUCUUAAUGUUGCCGAGGUGGAUGAAAUUUUCGAUGUUCCCCUGGAGAUGUUCCUCAAGGAUGAGAACCGGACCUCUGAUGAGCUAGAAUGGAUGGGGCAGCCAUUCACACUCCAUCACUUCACUUAUCAGAAAGGAGAUGAGAAGUACAUAAUCUGGGGCCUGACUGCCGGCAUCCUGAUCCAUGCUGCUUCAGUUGUAUACCAGCGACAACCGGACUUUCCUGAGAAAAGAGCACAGUUCAACUUGCCGAAGUACUCAAAGGAGUGUUGUUCCAUGCCAUCAUCAGGACCUGUGAAACACUAAUGUAUACACCAGACUUGUGCAUAGGAAGUUGUAUAGUCGAAGGGGAGUGCAAAAUCAUAUUCUUCCACAUGAUUUGUAUUCUUUUCAAAAGUGAAAUGAUAAGGUAACGGUAUUACUGACUAUAAAGAACAAUGUAUUAAUAUCAGAGUACACAGCUGAUUGUCCCGCUGAUGCGAACAAAGCACAUGCUCUAAUGAAAUUUGAUUGCAUGCAAGUUAGGCUGUA